UUUUACACUUGUAUUGAGCGGGUCUUCUUUCUCACCACCCACCCCCUUCUCUUCUUCUUCUCUCACUCUCUUUCUUCUCUGUGAAUCUGUUACAGCCAAGAUGCCCUGUACACGACACAGAAAAUAAACCAAUUCAUCCUGCGUAUCAGACAACAAAUAUGCCACUUUACAGCCUACAAAUAUAUUCAAACUAAAUGUGAAUAAAUCAAUUUCUCUCUCUCUCUCUCUGUCGCUUAGUCCUCUUUCUCUCUCUCUCUCUCUCUGUCCACUUCAUAUCUCCGUCUUCUAUUCUUUCUUCUUCUGCUUCAAUCAUCUCGGCUUCGAUUUGAUUUUAGCUCGGCUGGAAGCAUCAAGGAGAAUCAAUCAAAAGGGUCCCUUCUGUAUUUGUGGGUUUACAUGUAUAUGCUGAUCAUUUGCUGAAUUGGAUGGUUUGGUAGAGGAAGUAGUAAUAAACUCGAAAGUGUUUGUCGGCGCAGGGUCACUUUCUGUCGGCAUUGUUUGUAUCCAACGAUGAUACCCUCAGAGAGUAUUCUAAUUAAUUCAGUUAAAGGACAACGGAGAUAGAGAGGUGCUUCUUCUCCUCGUUCUGGGUUUUUGUUACUUACAGUCUUAACGACAUUGAGAAGGCCUAUUGAAUUGGACCUCGCUAUUCAGGGCGUUCUCUUGUAUCAUCAACUGGAACGUCAAAACUCAGUCUUCAUCUAAAGGGCUUUGUGGUCGCUUUUGAUGCCCCCAGUUUCUCUUUCUGUAUUUAUUUCCUGAGUUCAAUUACUGAAUAUCUUGUUUUGAUUGUUAGGUUUAUGUCAAGUAUAGAUAACUGGCUCAUUUGGGGGGAAUGUGGGUGAAUCUCGAUUUUGGCAAUAAAUGACGAUGGAGUUUCAUUCGGAUUGUCAUUGGUAAAUGAAGCUCAGGCUGUCUGAGAUCCCACGCUAUCAUUUACCUGGAGAUACAGCUCUGCAGAUUUGACAGAAAUUCCACCUCUGUUAUAUCUGUUCUAUGUAUAAUACUUGCUAUUAAUACUGUAAAGCACAGAGUGAAGUGAUUGCCAUACCCGAUGUCAGGGUCUCUUGCAGCGAUAGUAGGAGGAGCUGCAGGGGCCGUGGCAUUGGUAGGGAUAGUUAUAGCACUCAUAUGCUUCUGCCUAUCUCGCAGGAGGAGUGUCUCAAGGACUUCAGAGACCGGGUCCUCUGAUCCUUCCCAAGUGGGAAGACAUGGUGGGAUUGAGUUGACUUUGCGGGAUACUAGGCGGUUUGAGAUGGAAGAACUAUCUCAGGCUACAAAGAAUUUCAGUGACAAAAAUUUGAUCGGAGAAGGGAAGUUUGGGGAGGUCUACAAAGGCUUACUUCAUGAUGGUAUGCUUGUGGCCAUCAAAAAGCGGCAGGGAUUUCCAAGCCAGGAAUUUGUUGAUGAGGCUCGUUACCUCUCAUCCAUUCAUCAUCGGAAUCUUGUAACUCUAUUGGGCUACUGCCAGGAACAAAAUCUGCAGUUUCUUAUAUACGAAUAUGUGCCUAAUGGGAGCGUCUCUAGUCACUUGUAUGGUGCUGGUCAACAAUCGAAAGAGAAGCUAGAAUUCAAGCUUAGACUUUCAAUAGCUCUAGGUGCAGCUACAGGUUUGGCUUAUAUUCAUUCCUUGAGCCCCCGUUUGGUGCACAAGAAUUUCAAGACAGCCAAUGUUCUUGUCGAUGAAAAUUUCAUUGCUAAGGUUGCAGACGCUGGACUUCGUAAUUUCCUGGGAAGAGCUGAUAUUGCAGGUCCAUCUUCUCAAGUUGCAGCAGAUGAGAUAUUCCUUGCACCCGAGGUUAGAGAGUUCAGACGAUUUUCUGAAAGGAGUGAUGUAUACAGUUUUGGGGUAUUUUUGUUGGAGCUAUUAAGUGGGAAGGAAGCAACAGAAUCUCCAACCUCAGAUUCUAAUCAGAAUCUAGUUGAAUGGGUGCAAGUCAAUGAAGACCAUCGCAUUAUGUCUAACAUCAUUGAUCAGAGAUUGGGGAGCAGUUUCACAGCGGAAGGCAUGGAAGAGUUUAUCUUGCUGGUAGCUCGAUGUUUGAGCCCUUCAAGUGAGAGAAGACCUUCCAUGAGUUAUGUCGUAAUGGAACUUGAACGGAUUCUUGAGAAGGAAAUGAACUUGACAACUAUGAUGGGCGAAGGCACCCCAACUGUGACCCUUGGAAGCCAGUUAUUCAAAGCGACAAGGUAAAGAGAAAGAAGCAUUGUCGGCGUCCAAAUUGUCAGUAUACAUUUGUGAUUAUAUCUUGCUUUCUUAUUCUUCUCCCGAUGGAUACCAGAGAAUCUGUAAAGCCGCUUGAUAAGUGUACAAAGAGCAGCUGUCAUUUCCUCCUCUUUCCAUGAGCCAGUGAACAAUUUAUUUUAUUCAUUUUUUUACCAUAAAGAUGUAUGAGAAAUCUUGUAAACCAUUAUUUGUUGUUAAUAUGAGAGUGAUGAUUGGGUUGGUGUGGCUA